AUGGCUACAACGAAGGGAUAUGGUACCACGACCGCCGCCCCUGCUGCCCCGAGGCGUAGGUCGUCGCCUACGCACGACGUGUGUCUCUACUUCCUUGCCCUGAUUCUUCCACCUCUCGCCGUGUUCUUCAAGAGGGGUCUGCUAGCUGACUUCUGGAUCAACGUCUGCCUCUCUAUCCUCGGAUGGAUUCCGGGUGUUCUGCACGCUUGGUAUAUCAUCUCGAGGAGCGAGGGUGCUAUGUGA